AUGCCUCUGUCGUCAAUCUCUCUUGUAGAUCUCAUCUACCUUGGCGUCGCAGUACUUUUAAUUCGUUUCCUCAUUUCUUUGAGAAAUUCCGCGGCUCUCGUUAUACCAGGGCCAGCUCUUGCUCGAGUCACCAAUUUGUGGUAUCUAUGGCAGAUGAAAUGCGGUGACUUCCACUAUCAAAACAUAAAACUCCACCAAAAAAGUGGAAAAAUCAUCCGCAUAGCCCCAAAUUAUUACAGUAUCUCCGACUCCUCCGCAUUGAAGACUAUAUACGGCCACAGUACCAAGUUUGAAAAGUCCACUUGGUACGAUGCAUGGACCUUCAGCACCGAUUCCAGCUUGACAAAUUUAUUCUCGGAGCGAAAGUCCAAAAAGCACGCGGAGAGCCGUAAGAAGGUUGCUUCAAUGUACUCGAUGACUUCACUGAUGGCUUAUGAGCCAUUUGUGGACAAUUGCAUUGAAAUCUUCAAGCAGCGACUUGAUGAGUCCUCGAAGGAAGGCACUUGGAUUGACAUGGCUCAUUGGUUCCAAUGCUACGCGUUUGAUGUGAUUGGUGAAAUCACGUUUGGUAGUCGGUUUGGAUUUCUCGAAGCUGGUAGAGAUAUAGAGGGGAUGAUGAAAGCUCUUGACACGGGUUUCACUGUCUCCUCCUAUAUUGGACUAUACGUCUGGAUGUAUCCAAUUUUUCUACGGGUUUCGAAGCUUCUAGGCAUGGACCAGACCUACAUCACUAAGUUCAGUUUUCGGCACAUCCAAAAAUCCAAGCAAACAAUGAAAAAUCAUCGUGUCGACCUGCCGUCCUAUAUUGUUAUGAAACUUGUCCAAAAGCAGGCACAAGAUCCACAUGGCAUCUCUGAUUGGGAUAUUCUGACUACUGCAGGUGCAAACGUUGGAGCCGGGAGUGACACUACCGCUAUAAGUUUGAGUUCGACUUUAUACCACCUCCUUAGAACUCCGCUUUGUUUGGCUAAGUUGCGAAGCGAGAUCCAAGAUUCUGGAAUUGGCUCCAAUCCAACAUUCAAAGAGACACAGGCGAUGCCCUAUCUUCAGGCUGUUCUGAAGGAGGCAUUGCGAAUCCAUCCUGGAACAGGGUAUCCCCUUUUCAGGGUCGUUCCUAAAGGUGGCGCAUUCCUUGCUGGGCAAUUCUUUCCAGAAGGAGUCAAUGUCGGGAUAAACAGCUGGGUCUCCCACUACGACGAAGAUAUCUAUGGCCCAGAUGCGGCUACUUUCAGGCCAGAAAGGUGGCUCGAAACAAGCAAAGAACAACUGAAAGUCAUGGAGCAGAGCUUCAUGCCCUUUGGAGCGGGCUCCAGGACAUGUAUUGGAAAGAACAUCUCCUUGCUAGAAAUGAGCAAGUUAAUUCCCGUUUUGGUGAGGGACUUUGACUUCGAAUUAAGCCAGAACAUUGAACAAGCAGACUGGGCGACAAAGGCAAGAUGGUUUGUGAAACCCAUAGAUUUCCAAGUGAAAGUUAAGAAGAGAGCAUAG